CUAUUACUAUUGGCCUCCGAUGAAUGUUGGCUUCGUUGGCCUUGGGGUAUAGGCACUAUUCCGUCCAUUCCGUUUGUUUUUGGUUUGCGUCGCUACUCGCCAUCUUGAUUUCACUGUCAGUUUUAUCUAUAUUGACUUUUAGAUCUCUCAUUUUCAUCAAAUGUCAGAAAGUAAAUGCAGAAUUGUUGAGGUGAAUGAUGAUGGGCUGCAAAGAGCCAUACAAAAUUAUCUAUUGCGAAAGCGCCACAAUCUUGGAAUUGAUUGUGAGCUUCUUAACCCUCUUGAAGAACAUAAUCAUAUGGCUGCAGAUAACAUGACCAUUGAGGACAUAGUUAAUGGUAUUCACAGUCGUGAUGAAAACAAGGAAGUUACUGCAACCCAUGCUGCAUGUAAAAUCCUCACCAGGAAUGAACUUUAUCCUCCCAUUGACAUCCUCAUCAAUGCCGAUGUUGUUCCCAAACUGGUAGAAUUCCUCAGUCGUGUUAACAAUCCUGGUCUUCAGUUAAAUUCAACCUUGGCUCUCACCAACAUUGUGUCAGGCACAUCUGACCAAACCAAAGCUGUUGUCAGUGCUGGGGCUGUUCCUGGAUUGCUAUCUUUGUUGGAUUCACCUCAUCCAGUUGUGGCUGAGAUAGCUAUCCGCGCUCUUGGUAAUAUAGCAAUUGAUCGACCAGAGCAUAGAGAUAACGUAAUUGAGCAUGGCUUUAUUGGGAAGUUGUCCGCCUUGAUUAAACCAGAAACUUCAGCUAAAUUCUUGCGCAACGUCACUUGGGCUUUGCUCAGUUUGUGCUGUGCCGUGGACAAUCCACUUACUGUCCCUGCAGUUCGACAGCUUCUUCCCGCCCUUGCCCACCUAAUCAAGAACAACGACGAGGAGAUUCUCGCUGACGCUUGCUGGGUUCUGGCAGAUAUUUCUAAAAAUUCUGAUGAACGAACCCAAGAAGUUGUCGACGCCGGAGUCGUCCCUCGGCUCGUUACUUUGCUCAACCACAAUGAGGAGGCUGUAACAGAAGGCGCUCUGUUUGCAAUUAGCACCAUUUACAAUGAGGAAUAUCCUGAUUGGAACACUGCUGUGAUCAAUGCUGUGGCUAUUCCCAGGUUGAUGUUGUUGCUGGAUUCACCGCAUGAAGUUGUGGCCGUGAAAGCUGCCUCCACUGUCGUCAAUAUUGCAUACGAACCAAAGUUCCGAGAUCAGCUUAUCGAACAAGGAUUUGUUAAGAAGUUGCUUGAUUUGAUCAAGCCUAACAUUUCAGUUACAUUAUUGAGAAUGGUCACUUCAACUUUGGGCAGCUUUAGCAGUUUCCUUGUCAGUCCAGCACUUAUGCCUACAGUCAGACAGCUUCUUCCCGCCCUAGCCCACCUCAUCAACAACAACGACGAGGAGAUUCUAUCCGGCGCUUGCUGGGCUCUGUUUUGGCUCACUGAUGACCCCAACAAACGAAUUCAAGAAGUUGUUGACGCUGGAGUCAUCCCCAGGCUCGUCUCGUUGCUUGAGCACAAUGAAUGGGACGUCAUCAAACCCGCUCUCUUAACUAUCCGAAGCAUAGUAACAGAAAGUGACACCAAUGUUGAUUCCGUCCUGGCUGCUGGUGCCUGGCCGUUGCUGGCCAAGUUGCUUGUUCGUCCCGAGAUCCACAUCGUCCAGUGGGCUGCUGAAAUUGCAUCAACAAUUGCCGUGAACCACGUUACUCGUCCGUUGGUGGACGUUACGAGGAAAGGCAACUUGAAAUGUCAAAAGGAAGCAGCUUGGGACAUCACUAACAUCACUUUGGGUGGCAAUGCCGACGCUUUGUCGUACCAGUUCAGUGCCAUCGCUUCGCUAUGCACUUUGUUGAAGGGAAAAAAAACCUACAUUAUCCUGGAAGUGUUAGAUUGCUUGGCUCUUAUUUUUGAGGUAGCCGAGAAAAUUGACGAACUGGAGAAAUUUUCGCUUCACGCGAAAAAAUGUGGGGGAUUGGAUUGCAUCAUGGCUUUAAAGAGCAACGAAAAUACCGAGAUUCGUCGCAAGUCGCUGGCUAUUCUGGAGCGGUACUUCUCCACUCACUUGUCUUUUGAAGACAAGUCAGCGCGAUCGACAUCGGGCUUUUGGAUGAUUGCCCCCUGCAACUAAUGCCUCCCCUCCCCGUGGGGUCGACUUGUGCCCACUCCUUGCAAUAUAAGAAAUCAAGAACAAGAACCAGCCAUUUUCAUCGUCCGAAGGAGGUUUCUCAUUCUGAAGUUUAAUCUAAAAUUCUUUAUACUGCCUUUUCUUUCUUCAGUUCCUCCAACGCUAUCCUAAUUAUGAGUGUUGUCCUUUUCUUUAAAGUUUUGUUUUUCCAAAUUGUUUUUUAGUUGAAAGUUGCUAUGCAAAACGUCUCCUUUCCUCUUUUUCAAUUCGCGAUAAAAGAGUAAUACAAAAAACGGAUCAACUGUACAUUUGAUUCGUUUUGAUGUUGUCACAAG